AUGGAUCGCUUCGUCGAUUCAUCCCAGGCGGAAUUUCGUCAGAGCUUCAAUCCGACCGUGGGUAUCGAUUUCAAAGUCAAAAAUAUUCUCGUUGAUGAUAAGCGCGUCAAGCUGCAGAUCUGGGAUACCGCCGGUCAGGAGAAGUUCAAUUCGAUCACAACUGCGUACUACAGAAGCGCAAGGGGAGCAAUAAUAAUGUAUGAUGUUACUCGACCACAGACAUUCAAAUCAAUAGAAAAAUGGUACCAGCUUAUGUCUGACCAUGGCAGAGGAGAUGUAGAAGUCGCCUUGGUUGGGAACAAAUGCGACUUGAACAGCGACAAAAAAGUUGACUCCAAGCAGGGAGAAAGCACCGCGACAGAGUUAGGCUGUCAUUUUUAUGAAUCUAGCGCCAAAGACAAUUUAAAUAUCGAAAAUGUAUUCAUGGGCUUGGUGCGCAAUAUCCUCGUGAACAUGCCCCUGGAGCGACCGCCCGACGCCGCCGGUGAUAGAGGAUCGACGGCAACUCUGAGUCUUGAAUCGAAGCCCCUCCCCAGCGGCGGUUCUUGCCCCUGUUGA